UCAGUCUCAUUUUUGAGAUUAACAAGCGACUUCUUAAUUGUUUGUAGGUAGAGUAAAACCGAAAUGAAGCUGCUGCUACCGCUGGUAGUGCUGGGCUGUGCGACCGGCAUUCUAGCCGGCGUCUACACCGACAGAUUCUUACAACAGUACGAGAAGAUCCACAACUCGGCCAAUGGGUACUUCUCCCAGGACGGCAUUCCUUACCACUCGGUGGAAACGUUGAUGUGCGAAGCUCCUGACCACGGUCAUGAGACCACUUCGGAGGCUUACAGUUACUUCAUCUGGUUGGAAGCCAUGCAUGGUGCCAUCACCGGUGACUUCCAGACGUUCAACGACGCCUGGGAUAUCAUGGAGAAGUACAUGAUUCCUACUCACGCGGACCAGCCUACUAACAGUUUCUACAACCCGUCGAGCCCGGCUACCUACGCCGCCGAGAUGGACACCCCCAAUGACUACCCGUCGCCCAUAGAUUCGAGUGUGCCUGUCGGACAGGACCCGAUUUUCCAGGAGCUGACCACCGCUUACGGGACCGAAGACAUCUACGGUAUGCACUGGCUCCAGGACGUCGACAACGUGUACGGCUUCGGUGACGCUCCCGGCGUUUGCGAGGGCGGACCGGGGACUCCGGGACCAUCCUACAUUAACACCUUCCAGAGAGGACCUGAAGAGUCCGUCUGGAGAACCAUUCCUCAACCCACUUGCGAUUCGUUCAAAUAUGGAGGUACCAACGGCUUCUUGGAUCUGUUCACCGGGGAUAGCAACUACGCCAAACAAUGGAAGUACACCAACGCUCCCGACGCCGACGCCCGUGCCAUCCAAGGUGCGUACUGGGCGUCGCAGUGGGCCGCAGCAGCUGGCCAAAGCAGCCAAAUCAGCGCGACUCUGGAGAAGGCCGCCAAACUUGGAGAUUACCUUCGAUAUGCUCUCUUCGACAAAUAUUUCAAGCAAGUCGGCGAAUGCUUCGACCCGCACUCGUGCCCCGGCGGCUCCGGCAAAAACAGCGCCCACUAUCUGCUCUCGUGGUACUACGCCUGGGGUGGAGCUACCGACACCAGCGCCGGAUGGGCUUGGCGUAUCGGAGAUGGGUCCGCUCACUUCGGCUACCAGAAUCCUUUGACAGCGUGGGCUUUGGCUAACGAACCUUCACUGAAACCCAAGGGAGCGACGGCCGUCCAGGACUGGACCCAGUCGCUGGAAAGGCAGCUCGAAUUGUACGCGUACGUCCAGACGGCUGAGGGGGCGUUCGCCGGUGGAGUAACCAACACCUGGAAGGGAAGGUACGAUCAACCUCCGUCCAAUCUCACUUCGAACACCUUCUACGGUAUGGUCUACGACUGGGAACCCGUCUACCAUGACCCGCCAUCCAACAGAUGGUACGGUAUGCAGGGUUGGUCUACCGAUCGUUUGGCCCAGUACUACUACGUGACCGGUGACGUCAAGGCCCAAGCUACUCUCGACAAGUGGGUCGCUUGGCUGCUCCCCAACUUGAAAUUCGACGGCGACGACUACCAACUGCCGGCCAACCUGGAGUGGCAAGGUGUUCCCAACGCUUACAGCGGAGGCGAGGCUCAAGAAAACAGUAAUCUUCACGUGACCAUCACCGACUUCACCAACGAUGUGGGCACCGCCGCCGGCACUGCCCGAACUCUAGCCUACUACGCUGCGAAGACUGGCAACACCGAGGCCAAGGAUGCGGCCAAGAAGCUGUUGGACGGUAUGUGGAACCUCUACCAGACGGACAAGGGUGUCUCCAGCCCGGAGGUCCGCGAAGACUACAACAGAUUCACCGAGCCGGUGUAUGUACCUUCCGGAUGGACUGGUACCUACCCCAACGGAGAUACCAUCCAGUCGGGGAUCACUUUCAUCGACAUCAGAUCGUUCUUGAAAGAAGACCCAGAUUGGCCCAAAGUUGAGGCGUACAUUAACGGAGGUUCCGCUCCCGAGUUCACGUAUCACAGAUUCUGGGCUCAGUCUGACGUUGCUUUGGCACAGGGCGCCUAUGGACUGCUCUUCGAUGAAUAAUUCUUUUUAAAUUUAGACUGAUGUACGAUAGAUACGAAUAAAUGGCUUUGCAUAUAAUAAUUUAA